AUGUAAUCUUAAGAAUAGCAAACUCAACAGCUUCGUUCGUGCGCUCGCUGCAAGUUUCGAAUGGUUCUGGAUCACUUUGGCUACCUUUUACAAUCCCUAGUCGCUAAGUAGUAGUUUAGUUAGUUAGUUUAACGUGUAGUGUUGCUGAAAUUUGGUAAAGUGAUUCACACAAAACGAGGAAACACGAUGAAAUUUGGGCCGAAUUUCGCAUUUUUUCCUCCGAUUGUCGACGACGGUGGUCACGGUUGCUCGCUCGGUGCCUACUUGGAUGGAAUGGAUUUUUCACCAUUUUUUUUUCGCCUGCCAAUGGUUUGGUGAUUGGUGAAGUAAGGUGCUCUGCUGGAUGGAAGUGAUGCAGUCUUCGUUUGUGGGAGGGUGGAGGGUGGUUGGGUAGGAAGCCGCUUGGCGGUGUGAGUGACUCGUGAGUGCCGGGACAGGUGUUUGAAGGUGUUGGUGAGUGCGGUGUCGUUUCGUUCGUUGUCAAGCAGCGGUGAUGAGGAGAGGGGUGUUUGCGAUUUUCGCAAGCGAUCUCUUUCCAACUCGCGGCGCGGUAACAGAAGCAGCAGCAGCAGCCUACUUUGGGAUGAUAUGCGAGGGUGGCUGAGCGCGAUCUGUCAGGCAGUGGAAGUGCAAGAAAGAACGAGAGAGAGAGAGAGAGCGGGAUCACCGCGCCGAAUGAGAUUCAAUUAAAGCAUCAUUUGAUAAUGGAUGACACUUUUUUUCGUCGCUCGGUCGUUCGUUCGUUGCCUUGUUUGCUCUCGGUGUGCGUGAUUUUCGUGUGAACACAGGCCAACAAGAGGCAGGUUUUUUUUAUCGUGUGUCGUCGCGAUGAGAGGCUAAUGGUGGUACUUUUUUCGUUUGCCAUCAACACUUAUUACGAGAGUGCGAACGGGAUGAGAUCGACGACGGGGAAAAGUGAAAAUCGGUCGUAGUUUUACUGGAGCCUUUUAAACACAAAAAAAGCCAGCAAGUUCCAAUUAGAAUUGUUAUAUCCCGAUCAAGGAAACAAACACACCUAGUUAUAAUGAAAUUACGAGAAAAAAUACAUUUUAAGAUUUAAACUUUAGAAAAAGUUUUACAAAAUCAUAAACCUCGCAUUAUUUAUAAAUUAAUUUUAACUAUAAUUAAAUUUUAAAACAAAAUUAUUAUAUAUUAUAUUAAUUAAACUAAAUUGUAAACUAACACGUAACUCGCAAAAAAACUACACACACACAAACACCUAAAACACACAAAUUACACAAACACAAAACUUUCGGGAUAACUGAAACUGAAACAAUUUGAACAAAAUCAAAAAAAUCGAACUAAACAAAAACACCAUGGCAUCGCGCAAAAAUUCGAAAUUCUCCACACGAGUCCAGUUCUAUCUGAAGCACCGGGAGUCGCGGAUACUGAGGCUAUGCAACGACACCAUCGGCCCGGUACCGAACGAUUCGCUCAGCAGAGCCAUCUCCAGACUGCUGUCGAAACAACCGGUGGACAACAAGCGCCUGAUCCAGCUGCUGGCAGAAAAGAAACGCUUGUCCACCAAAUCGACUACCUCGCACAGCACCCUGAAGACGCCCCCGCAUCAGAUGACAGUAGCAGGACAGCCUACGACGACGACUGCAGCAGUGACGGCGGCCAUGUUGCCCGGACACUUCACAGCAUCGAUGGCAGCCACCGCAACGACACCGGUGACGGCCAUGAAUGCCACCAGUCCGGCAGCAAUCGCCAUCGCCAACAACAGCAGCAGUGCUGCCAGCAACAUCACAUCCAACACCAGCAGCAGUAGUAGUUCCCUGCCCGACUACCAGAAGGACGUGGAACGGUUUCGUGGAAGAAUCAUCUGCCAGGACAACACGUGCAUCAUCGAUCCGAUGGCCUCUCCUAAGAACGACAACAAUUCGAAUCCUCGCACUCAUUCCUUCCGAAUUGUCUCGUUCAGCAAGGAGGGCUCCGGCAAAGAGUCAGCAUCAGACACGGGUUGCUCGUCACCACCCCUUGGCGGAAACGAUGAGCGAGAUUCGGUGGCGGAAGAUCACGGCCCCCAGAAUCUUAGCAGCAGCUCAUCGCCAUCCGCAUCGACACAAGGCGGUGGUGGCAGCCAUAAGGCCAUUCUGAUGUGCUUCAGCUGCAAGCUCAGUUUUGGCAUGUGCCGAUCGUUCGUUGCUCAUGCCAAAAUGGAGCACAACAUCACGAUGAACGACUACGAACGGAUGCUCUUGGAAAAGAACUAUAGCAGCGCCAUCAUCCAGAACAACAUGGAGAAGCAAAUCUACUUUUUGGUUCCUUUCGAAGAGAAAUCUUCAGCCAACAACACACUUAGCGUUAAGUCAUCGUUAGAGGGAGAAGAACGGUUUAAGAGCGGAAGUGGGAGUAGUAACGGGGGAAGUCAACAGCCCUCGCCACAGCAACAUUUACACCAACAGCAGAUGCCAACACCGCAACAACUUCAGCAGCAGCAACAACAGCAAGCUGUUCAAGCAUCUGUGCUAACGCCGGAGAAAAGCCCCGGUUCCAUCAGCUUCGACGGAGGUUUCCCGAAAAUCACCCCUAGCAGUAUGCUGUUCGACAUGGACAACAAACUGCAGGCGAGUUGGAAGCUUGCCGCCGAGAAGUACAACAACGCCAUGAACGAAAACGUAGCAAUAGCAGCGGCUGCUGCAGCAGCUGCAGCACAAGAGGAGAAGAAUGCUGCCAACAACAAACUGCUUACAGAGUUUCUGACACAACAGAAAAUGUUAUCGGCCGCAGAAAAUCUGUACAGCAAGCAGAACAAGUUCCUGGAGUUGAUGAACACGAAUCCACUGGCUGCGGCAGCCGCUAAAGCUACAACAACCGGUGGAGGGGGUGCAGAUGGAGCUAGCGAUUUUCACCUGGCCAAGAAAUACAAUGCAAUGGAUCUAUACAAACAGCUGAUGGCGGCCAACAGCUUUCGACCGGAAGCUCUGGACCUCAAGGAGGAAAUGAAAGCAGAACAGCAGCAACAACAACCGCAGCACCAGAUAAGCGUUAAGAAACUUGAGACUGAACCAACGGCGGCGUUCCGUAACAAUGCCUUCGGACCAAAUAUUUCCACCAGGAACUCCUGCAAGACGCUAAAGUGUCCCCAGUGCAACUGGCACUACAAGUACCAGGAAACGCUGGAGAUCCACAUGCGGGAGAAACACCCGGACGGAGAAACAGCGUGCAGCUAUUGCCUGGCAGGUCAACAACAUCCUAGACUUGCGAGGGGCGAAUCCUACACCUGCGGCUACAAACCCUACCGUUGCGACGUUUGUAACUAUUCCACCACGACCAAGGGCAACCUGUCUAUUCACAUGCAAAGCGACAAGCAUCUGAAUAACAUGCAAGAUCUAAACGGAAUGAUGAACAAAGGUAAUCAGAACUUUUUAAACCUUGCAACCCUUCAGGCCAACGAGAAGGUUAACACACCUCGCAACCAAUACAUGCAAGCAACUUCGCCGCUAGCCCUUACCACCAAACUCGCUCCACAACCCAAGGAAUCACCCAACAGCUACGAGGCAAAUCGGGGAGGAGCCAAGGCGUUCUUCAAGUGUGACAUCUGCAACUACGACACCAACAUAGCCAGAAACCUCAGAAUUCACAUGACAAGCGAGAAACAUAUCAGCAACUUGAAUUCUCUGCAAUCUAGCUACAGUCAACUGAAGAACCUCCAGUCAAUGUCCUCGCCGGAAAACCUCGACUACCUGAGCGCACUCAAUCUGAACGCCCUCAAGGAUGAUUCCCCGAUGGGUCGCGUUGACGAUUUCACCCAAAACUCCCUCAAAUCCCUCUCCAUCCCAUCGUCCCCGUUUGCCCCCAUAGACCCAACGACAGGUGGGACCGCCAACAGUACACCGACUCCCGAAUCGCUCUUCCUCAACAACCCCUCGCCAUUCUCGGCUGGAAGCGAAACUGAGCGCAGUCUUAGCGGUGACUUCCAACAACACCUGGACGAGGACAAAAACCCACUCCACUUUGAACCCCCCAUUAGAAUCACUCUGGACCCAUCCGCCUACUACACCUGUCUCAUCUGUUCGGACUUCGACACCAACAACCUGGAAGAGCUGAAGAAACACGUGAUCAAGGAUCGCCUCACCUCAAACAUUGCAAUGGAUACGAUAGUGAUUGCGGCCGCCAGCUGCGAAUGUCUGCUCUGUGGAUUCCGAUCCCAGACCAUGGACAAACACGACCUCGAACGCCACCUUAAAACCGAGGCCCACCUGAAGCGACUUGAUCUGAUGAUUCAUCUACUCGAAGGCCGGGACAAAGCCGUCGGCAAGCUAAAACAGUUCUGCGGUCCGGAACUGUUCAAGAAGCUCUCACUCAUCUUCCCACUGCCGGAGGAAGCGAAAUUUCCGUACGAAGAAAUGCCAAGCAUUAGUGAAAUUUCGCGUUCUCCCCUGUCGCUGUUGCUGGAACCGAAAACGGAACUGAUCGAACGGGACCAUCACGGCGGCACCAAUGGCCUAGAUGGCAACGAGGGCACCCAACCGCAUCCGGACAACGUGCAGAUCAAGUGCAACUGUUGCAACUACUUCACCACCUCGCUGGAGAAAAUCGGCAUCCACAGCCUGUCGGAGAAGCACAUCUUCCGGCGGAUCUGUUUCGACUAUUUGCUGCUUAUCUCGAGCGAGAAAAAUUCCGGCGGCUCACUGUCGCCGCUCAAUUUGCAACAUGAUGGCCGACCUGGUAGUGCCGGGCAGAUCCUCCCAAGGGCAGGUCUGGUUCCGCUGAUGUUGACCUGUGUGCCGUGUGCGUACAAGACCGACCACAUCUACCAUAUGAUUCACCACCUGAAGAAAUCUUGCCGGGCAGAGCAGAACAUCAACCUGCUGGGGCUGCGCAACAUUUUCAAGUUGACUGCGAAGGGCGCCGACAGCCAAGAUGCAAUGGACUCGGCCUCGGCGGCCACCGGAGACAACAACAACGGUAACACGACGACCACGCUGAACACCUUGUGCAGCAUCCUGCAGGAAAAGAAACCCUGGAAUGGGGAAAAUUGCAAUGGAAAAAAUAACGGCAGCUCCGGUGGUGGUGGCGGAUUGGGUUCGCUUAAUUCGGGCAGUGGCAGCGGAGGUGGAGGAAACUCAACGGACGGCGGUUCCGGCGAAGACGGCACUUGCAAGGACCGUUGUCUGGUGUGCAGCGUUUGUAACAACUUUUCCUCCAAGAAGAUCAACGUGAUGCAGCACCUGCUGGCCAAUCAUAAUGCCGGCAACGAGCUGUUGGGGCAGGACUUUUCUAGCCUCACAGUUCCGUCCUCGGUGCAAAAGAAGCCAUUUGAUUAUCUGCGCACACUGACCGAAGCUAGAAGUGCUCAAAAUUUGCGGCUUAUCGAGAAGGUCACCUUUAUGAAUGAUACUUUUGCGUUGAAGGAAAAUUGUAACGAUUUGAAGCAUGGAAAUUUGGCGGAAAUGUUGGGUAACUUUUUGGGAGGUGGCAAAGAUGGAGAUGGUGCAACAGAGAAGAUAGAUAAAAGCCAGGUGCAGACGGUGUCCUGUCCGCUGUGCCCGGAAACAUUCCUCGAUCAGGUCAAUGUGGAGACACAUGUUAUUCGCGUUCAUAAUAUUAAAAUGGAAGGCUUGAACCGAUUGCUGAAGCUGGUUGAUACCUCGCAAUUUCUCAAGACCACUAAACAACAACAGCAGCAGCUUGGCAGUCCGGACAAGUCCCCGAAGAAGGAAAGUUCUCCCUCGCCCGAAAUCAAAUGUUCCUUCUGUAAGGUCUGCUUCGACUCUAUGGUAGACCUGAAGAUACACUGCAACGAAAGCAAUCACUUCAAACGGAACGCGGAUUCGGAAGAUCUCGCUUGCUUCCUCAACGAUUGUAAGGACGCAUUCGACAAUCUUUCUGACCUACAUCAGCACUUUAAGACAAACCAUCUGAACUUCCUGAUCUCGGAAAACCACACGUACAAAUAUCGCUGCAAGUUGUGCCCGUUUGCAUUCAAAACGCACGAGAAGCUCAAUCGCCAUCUGUUCUAUCACUCGCUGCGUGAAUCGACCAAGUGCUUCUACUGCGAUGCCCACUUCAAGAACAUCAACUCGCUCACCAGUCACAUUGCCGAGAAGCAUCCGCAGGAAUCGUCGGCGCCGAAGGGUGCAAACGACACGCAGCAGGAAUCGGCCUCGAUUCUGUUCUUCAAAGAUCUCAAACGGAAGAUGAUGAACAACAAGAACGGCAUGAGUCCAAAGUCGGACCGUAGUCAAACGCGAGACAGUGCCGAUGAAGAUCGUCUGAGCGAAAAGUCCAUGAGCAGCAAGAGCAGCCUCUACUACGAUAAGAGUUUGGAUGGUUCGGAAAGUGGAGCCGGUGGUGGCAAGUUCACCUGUAACGAUUGCCACUUUGUCUUCACUGAUAUGGCUGCUCUUGAACGGCACAUGGUUACGGCAUUCCACAUGCCAAAAGAGAAGGACAAAACAACGGGCGACGCUAACAAUGGAGGCAAACAGAACCUAUUCUAUGACAUCAAAUCGGAGAAGUUUACCAAUCCGAAUCGGCCCUUCAAAUGUACGGUUUGCAUGGAAAGUUUCACGCAGAAAAAUAUUCUACUAGUGCACUACAACAGUGUAUCACACUUGAACAAGUUGAAGAAACUCAAAACGGAUAAGCAACAGCCGUUCCCAUUCCAACUGGGCGGAGAAGGUGGAGAAGGCUGCGACCUCGCCGAAAAGGCGGCUGCCGGUGAGUUUAAGCCAUUUGGGAUGCCAAUGUUCGGAGGCGAAGGUGCAGGCGAAAAGAGAAAAGACAUCGAAGAGAAGGAAUCGGCACGGAAGAAGUUCAAGUGUGACAUUUGCAACGUGGCGUACACUCAAGGAAGCACGCUGGACAUCCACAUGCGGAGCGUGCUGCACCAGACGAGAGCUUGCCGGUUGCAGGAGCGGAACAUGUUUGGAAAUCUACAGAACGUCGACAAGAAGAAAUCCGACUUUCCGUUGAUUCAAACCAUCCCGGAGAGCCAUGAGUCACCCAAUUUCAUCGAUGAUACGCCGCUGAGGAAAAUCAAAUCACCGAUUGAGCCGCCAAUACCGCAACAGCCGCAAUUGCCCGUUCAGCCGCCACAACUUGCUCAGCAGCCGCCUCUCCUGAAUCCAAUGCUGGGUGCAUUAGGCUUAGGAGGGGCAGCCGCAGGCCUCGAAAAGCCGGAAAUAGCUUUGUGCGAAUGUUGCUUCCAAGUGUUCCCUAAUAAGGCCACCUUGGAAACCCAUCUGGAGCUCAGUCCGGAAUGUGCAGCCGUCAAGAAGAAGUUGCAGGAAAAUAACACUCAGCCGCCGGAGAACUUCGUAGAAAACUUCCAACAACAAGCUCUGAAUGAACUUGCCAAGGUGAACCCACUUCCAGGGUUCGAUCUUUCACCGGAAGCUCUGCUCGGUAAAACGCCCUUCCCCCUGGACCCAACCGCAAACCUUAUGGAUCCGAACUUUUUGAAGAACGCCUCGCUACUACAGUUUGCCACCGAUCCCAACAACAAACUCGGUCCAAACGCACUAAACGUACUGAAUUUUAUGCACUUCCAUCAUCUCAUGUCACUAAGCUAUCUAAAUCUCGCGCCCCAGUUGAACUUUGGUGGCGUUCCACCGAAAGUUCCAGAUAUCACCGCCAAAACCGACCUCGAGAAGGUCAUCCCGGUCGAUAAGACCAAAUUGCCUCCAGUAGUUCUUCCACCAAACCUAAACGGGAAAUCUCCGCUCGAUUUGAACAUGCCCCACGGCCUCGAGAGCAAAAUGCCUCAUCAACCCCCGCAGCAACAACCUUGUACCCAAAAACGUGCACGUACUCGCAUCACCGACGAUCAGCUUCGUAUCCUUCGCUCGAACUUCGACAUCAACAACUCGCCCAGUGAAGAAGCCAUUCAAGAAAUGUCCCUCAAGGCCAAUCUACCGCCGAAGGUGGUCAAGCAUUGGUUCCGUAACACCCUCUUCAAGGAACGCCAACGAUCCAAGGACAGUCCCUACAACUUCAGCAUUCCUCCUUCGACGAAGCUCAACGUCGAAGAGUACGAACGAACUGGCGAAACCAAAGUCACCGAUCUGGAAACAUCGAUCAAAUCCAACGACUCCCAGGACACGUCGCAGAAUUCCACCGAUAUGAAGAUGCACGAAAUGAAGCAGAAUUUUUCUAAAUCUUUAAUGGAAUCUCUUUCCAAACACCAGGCCAGCCAAGAGUUGGGCAACUUUCAGCUGAGCAAGAACCUUUUCCCCGACAGUUUCGCCGUCGAUUUCCAGGCUCAACACGAACAGGCGGCAGCCCAACUGCAGGCCAAUGUUGCCAGUUUCUUUUCACAGGCACCGGAUCUCAGCACCCUUAGUAAAGAGCUCAUGUCGAACAAGAAGAAAAAAUUGAAGUCCGAAUCCUCCAACGAGUCCCCGAUCCCUGCCGAUCUCCAAAUUGACUCGACCAACUCCAGCCCUCUGCCGAUGCGCCCUCCGAGUGUGAUUUCUGUGAAAAAGCACCUGGAAGCACGGCCGAUGGGCGUGGGGACUCCGAUCAUGAUGGACGACAUGAAGAUCCCCAGUCCCAUCGACAGUCCGAACCUUUCGUCGCCGACUUCGCUUUCCGGUGGGCUGCAGAUGCCUCCGAUGUCCCAGGGCCAGUCCAUCAACUCCUCCAAUGGGAAACGUGCCAACCGGACCCGAUUCACCGACUACCAGAUCAAGGUGCUGCAGGAGUUCUUCGAGAACAACUCCUACCCCAAGGAUAGCGAUCUGGAGUACUUGAGCAAGCUGUUGAUGCUCUCGCCGAGGGUUAUCGUCGUAUGGUUCCAGAACGCCCGCCAGAAGCAGCGUAAGAUCUACGAGAACCAGCCGAAUCCGACCUUCGAUACGGAUGAAAAGAAGGGCAACAUCAACUACGCCUGCAAGAAGUGCAACCUGGUGUUCCAGCGAUACUACGAGCUGAUCCGGCAUCAGAAGAACCACUGCUUCAAGGAGGAAAGCAACAAACGCUCGGCCAAGGCACAGCUCGCAGCGGCUCAGAUCGCCCACUCCUUCACCAGCGGCAGCGAGGAUUCGGACUCCAGUUUGGACGUUAGCCGACGGGACUUCCAGCCACGCGAAAAUGACUGCCCCUUCUAACCGGAGGAGGGGUUUUACCCCCUCUUUAUUUAGAGCAUUCGCUCAAUUCUAGAAGAUGAUUCCGUUUAUUUAUUUUAGGUAUCCCCGUCUUCUUCGUUUUAACUUUUUGUGAUUUCAAAAUUCAAUCUAUUUUAACCAGUGAUUAUGAUUCGGUUUCCUCGCAUCAAAGCAACCGAACUUUAUUCAAACCUAGAUUUAUUUCUUCUAAGAAGUUUCUCAGGAACUCAUUUCAUUCCAGUGAUUCCCAACCUCACAAACAUUCCAUUCUAUUUUAUGAAGUAUAAGAAUAAAAUCAUUUAUCUUUUAGUUUAGUAGCAGCGCUGGCGCAUUUUUCGCCCUAUUUUUGAACCCCUUCUUCCUUUUAAGCAAACUUUUUCAGUUGCUGAUAAUCAAAAUUUGCUAACAUCUCCACUCUCGAGGCAGGCUUAAACGAGAAGAAGAACAAAAAUCAAUCGAGCAAUUCAAAUUAUUUACAACAACAAAAAACAUGAAAAUCAAACUAAAACUCGCAAAUUCCUUUUAAAUUGCUUUCCAGAAAACUAUACAUAUAUUUUUUCGAUAUACAAAAUAAUUGAAAAAAAAACACGGUUCCCGCAUCAAAUGUAAAAUGAAAGUUCCUAAAGAAAGAAAGAAAUAAAAACACAAACGAGUUGAUGAAAAGAAACAAACAAAAGUGUGAACAGUAAAGUGGUAUAGUGAAUAACUAGCAGUAGAGGAUGAAUUGUUUGUAACUUAUUUGCCAUACAACAAGAAAAAAACUAAUACCUUGCAAAACGUGUGAAGAAGUGAAAAUAAAAACAAAAACUUGAAAGAGUAAGAAUGAAAGCAAAACAAUGAUAACACUAUUGAGAAUAACAAAAAAAAUCGAUCGAACUGCAAGUUGGAAAGAUGAUGAUGAUUAAAGUUGAAUGACGCAUCCGGAAAGACAAAACAAACUACGGACUAGAUAAUUGUAUUGUUUUUUUGUCAGUUUAUUAUUAUAAUUAUUAUUAUUUUUAACUAUUGAAGAGUUUAAUUAGGCGAAGAACUACAUCAACAAUAACAACUAUAACAACAUAGCAGGCGAAAUAAAAAUCCAAACGACACCAUGGAGAUUGUUAUCA